CGUCCAUCUGGCCAAUAGAAUUACAAGGUGUUAGACUUCUGACCAAUCAGAAACAUCGGAAAAAGGAAGCGUGUACUUCGACCGGGUGCUUCUGCCUGCAUGUGCAUGUGAAUCGUUCAACCUUCAGACGUGCUGCUUUAAAUUCAAGUGUCAAACAUGCAGGCAGCAAUGGACAUUACAGCCAAAUUUUGUCAGAAGGAGAUGGAGGAGUACGGAGCCUGUGUGGCGUCGAAUCCGUCAUCCUGGCAAGAGCAGUGUCACCACCUGAAGGUGAAGGUGGCGCAGUGCACCUCUUCUCAUCCAGUGAUUAGAAAAAUCCGAGCAGACUGCGGUCAAGAGUUUGCAGAGUUCGAGCGCUGCCUAAAGGAGAACCAGUCCUCGGCUCAGGCCUGCUUGACACAUGUGACGCGCUUCCUGACCUGCGCCAACACUGUGGACGUUACAGGAUUAGUGAAUCCAGAAUCUAAGCCCACAUAAAACUAAAUGGAAAACCUGCCUCCAUCACUGUGGGAUUGUGUCAUGGACCUUAUAAACUUAACACAAAAUGUGUUAAGGUAGAACCAUGUUAAUUUUCACACACACACACACACACAAAUACACAGAGUUUACAGUUGUGUAAUAAGUGUUGUGAGCUGUUCAGAAAGAUGACAGUAUGCUGUGAAAUAUAACAGGUCAGGAAUUUGGUAACAUUUAUUUGUACACUUCAUGUUUAUGAUUGUUUGUUUAAGUAUGCAGACCUUAAAAUGUUAUUGUGACUGUGCGUUUAAAUAAAAUUUGAUCUGUUCUAAACAGAGUGAAGCAUGGUGGUGGUAGCAUCAUGUUGCAUGAUACAUCUCUCCUCUGGUUUGCUUCGUAACCUUCACUGACAUUUAGGCAGCAUCCCCUAGGCAAACAGCGAAAACCCUGUCUGAAAGUCUGUCCAGAUUUGUUUUAAUAGCUCUUUGGUUUUCAUGAUUCUGCUUGUUCAGCUUUUUCUUAUAAAUUUUGGCUCUCUCCAGGAACAGAUGUAUUUAUAUUGAAACCACAUGGACCUUAAUUAAACAUAGGUCAACUCAUUUUGACUAAAUAUGUCACUUUUGAUGUGAAUUAUUGAUUUCCUUUCCCUUGUUCUUUUAUGAGGCAUUUUAUAUAACUUCAAUACAUUAAGUCGAUUUUAGUUCACCAUGUAAAACAACAAAAUGUGAAAAGUUUAAGAGAAAUAUUUUAAGAGUGAAUAUUUUUGCAAGGGACUGUAUGUACUUUGAAUAGAAGCUUUCUGUUCAGUACAUUUGAUAUGAGCAUACACUGCUCAUUGUUUGAGUAAUACUUAUUUUGCAAGAUUUGCUGAGCUUAAAGUCACUAUGUACCAAAAACGGCAAAAAAAAAUGACAGAAUCUAAAAAAUUACUCAGGCAUUAUGUAUAUCAUUAUGUUUUAUAUGGAAAAAAGUAAUAAAUUUACAAAAAUCUUACAAAAUUGAAAAUCCAACUUUUAAAUGAUCUUGUAAAUGAUGGGUCUCACAAUUGGAAAUGUAACCCAUAGCUCCUCUCCAUAUCAUAAUGAAGUCAUGAUAUUGCUGAAGUUUGACGUAGGAUUUAGGUCUGAUUUAGUCAUUUUUCUUGUUCAUGCUGUUAAAAUACAUGAUGCUUAAUCUUUAACGAGCUAAGGAAAAUAUUUAUUCUGUAAAUCUUUGAAGGUUGUGUUUUUUUCACCCUGUUUCCUCCUGGAUCGUCUCUUUUCUUUCCCAUCUAAAUCACUGUAUAAUAUUAAACUAAGGAAUGUGUUCCGUCUCUCCCUCAUACCGCAACUCUCUUCCCGCUGGCAGGAGAAUAAAAAAAGGAAAAAAGGGGGGGAUCUGAUGGGUUAGCACAUGCCUUUGACCACUGACGAGAUGAGUGGGAGGACAGGAACACGCUGACUAACACGCCGGGCAGGAUUGUUUGUGUUAUUUUUCCCUGAUUAUCGGCUCAGUCACUAGGAGCAAGAAGCAGCCAUAUGUGACCUUCCUCUAGGCUAUUUUUCUUUUUUCCCCUCUUCUGACUCCUGACCAUCCACAUCAAAGAGUUUCAAAAUUCUUAAAGGGUGCCAAUAACUUUCUUUUCUAUAAUAAUGCUUCAUUCAAUUGACAUUUUUGCUAAAAUUUCUAUAUAAUGUUUGUUUGUAUCUUUUGACUUAAAAUCCUCGAAGACACUUAAAAAUCUCUAGUGGUACUAAUAAUUUUGUUACCUUCUCUGUUUUUGCCCAUCAAUGCAAACUCCUACCCUUUGUUUUUUGUUUUUUUAUAUACACAAUUGUUCAUAUUGUUUGUAUAGUUAUGAUUACCUAGCAAAUAUCCCAAAUCUUUAAAGACGGAAAAAAUGUUAUUUAAAAAGUUAAAGGUUGGCAAUAAUUUACUACAGCUUAAUUUUAGUCACAGCGAAAUAGCAUAAAAAGUUUAAUGAUCAUGUCUUUUUUUUUAUGACAAUCACAUUCUGUAUCUCAUUAAAAAAAAUCGAAGGUUUAUGGGGUUCCAAUGUUUUGUUGAUUUAAGUAAAAGCUACAUUCAGGAUGACGGGGAUUUAGAAGGUUUUUAAGGGGUGGCAAUAAUUAUAUGGUUUAUAGUAUAUUAUAUAUUGUUUAGAGUACAGUAUAUAUAGUUUUAAAUUCACUAAAAUUAAGUUGCUCUUUUAAUUGUUUUACAGUAUGUUUUGUAUAACUGAAAUUUUUGUACAAUUACUUUUAUUAUAACCUCAUGACUAUUCCACAUCCAUGAGGAU